AUGGGGUUAUUUCCAAGGACCAGCACCACCCAUUUUGGCGCAGCUCAAUCUCGCAAGCUGGCCGAACAACGAGAAAUUGGUGACGACGGGAAAUUUCCGAAGCUGGCCUCCUUUCGCGCCAACUCGGCGGCCGCCGUCCUGGCCGCCAAAAAGUCGGCGGCCAGCCAGAGUCGGGAAUCCAGCGUCGACAAUGAAAGUCUACGCUACACCUUCGGCUACUCCUCCGAGUUAUCCCAUCAUGAAACAGCCGUUUCGACGGCAAAACGCCUUCGACAGCGUCUGCAACGUCAGCAGAGCGGCCAGUCGGGGCUGUCGGGCCGGAGGUAUACCGGCGAAAGCAGCGAAUGCUCUUCGUUGGUCGGGACGCCGACUGAUACCGGCAGAAGCUUCACCUUCACUGCAGCUCAAAGAAAUCUGAUUCGAGAAGAGCGGAAGCCGAGUGUUACCCAAAAUAUGUCGGAAAUGUUGUUGGAG